CCUUGGCAACUUGCUUUAUAAUCAGCUCUUUGCUUGCUGAGUGCUGUCAGUUAAUGAUUUUUUCUAUUCUGCCUUUACCUUGCUUUAAAGUUUUCUCAAUCAUUAGUAUCUGGAUUACCGAAGGGUAAGAAAUUGCAACGAUUUGACAUGACUUUGCGAAAUAAUCAGGGCAGUAUUUUUAGCAAUACCAGUGGGAGCACCUUAGGUGUGCAAUGUGUGAUCCACAGUGAAAGCCUGAUCCUUUACUGCAACGAAUGUGAGGUCUGUGUAUGCCCUCGCUGCUUGGUGGGGAAGAAGCACAAAACACACAAUUUCUCACCAUUUGAUGAGGCCUGCAAGGAACAAAAGUUUCAGAUUAGAAAGAAAGUGAAGGAGUUGAAGAAGAUUCAUGACAAAAUCAAGAAGGACAUGAUCAAGAUUCCUUUGACCUUAAGAGACAUUGAAAUUAUCAUCUCAAAAGCAAAAGAUUCUGUUGAAGAGAAGUACAACAUACUUAAGGAGCUCCUGGACAAUGAUAUGAGAGUAACAAUGAGUCUAAUCGAAGCAGAACACUUGUCAAUGGAGACGAUUAUCACAGGACAACAAGUGGACAAGGAGGCAUACAGUGAUGCUAUAACAUCUUUAAUGGAAAGAUUCAAUGAAAUGUGUGAGGAUCAAGAGUGUGAGACUGUACAAGAACUACAGGAAGUCAUGAGUUGGAAGACACGCCUGGAAGCUUUUGAAGAUUUGCAAAGAUCAAUUGGUAGAGAAAUGCCAGCAGAGAAUGGGAGACUGAAAUCACUGGUGCGUUCUGUUGAGGAGCUGCACCAGGCUGUGAAGAAACUGCUUCCACGAAUGUGGCAAUAUUCAAGCAAUAUUACUUUUGAUGAGAACACAGCACACAAGAAUCUGACUUUGUCAAGUGACUUCCGUUCUGUGCAAUACAAUCCCAUACCCACUAGUGUCCAAAGCAAUUCUGCACGGUUUGAGUGUUCGUUCAAUGUUCUGGCAAAUGAGAGCUUCUCAUCAGGCAAACACUACUGGGAGGUCAAAGUGAAGAACAAGGAUGGGUGGAAUAUUGGUGUUGCCUACAGCUCCAUUGCCAGGAAAGGAAAAGGUAAAGAAACAAUCCUGGGAAAGAACAAAUAUUCCUGGUCCAUCCAGAUGGUUGACAAGGAAUAUUAUGCUCUUCAUGCUGAUGAAUCCAUUUUGCUUGAUCUGAACAGCAGGGACCACAACUGUGAACGAUUGGGAAUAUUUGUAGAUUAUGAAGAAGGGCGCUUGUCUUUCUACAAUAUCAACCGAGGGACUCAUAUUCACUCCUUUAAAACAAAAUUCCGCAAACCAAUAUUUCCUGCAUUUAAUCCUGUCUCAGUAGAAAAUUCAAAAAAUUAUGAGCCACUUGUGUUGUGCCACUUAGCCCCCACAAUGGAAGAGUUUGAUGACAGGAACAAUACAGAAAUACAAGAUGAAAAUCCAUAAAAUUUCCUUUGUGUAACCAGAGAAGAAUCACUUGAUGGAUGGGCUAUUUUGCAUCCUAAAGUUUAGUUUAUUGUGAGUUUGAGUCUGUGUUACUGGAAUAUGUUCCAGAUAUUGCACUUUUCAUUGACAUCAGCUGACUGCCUCUUUGGUUAUUCCAGCAUUCAGUGUCUGCACUUGGCACAAGUGAUAUGUUCAGACCUUGCCAACAUGGAUUUAUUAAACAGAACAUCGUCAUAUUUGCCUAUUGCUGUUCUUGAAGGGAACUUGAUUAUAAGUACUAGAAUAUAGCUGAAAAUUGCUUUAAUUUGUAAUAUCAUAAUGAUGAAUUCCUUUAUAAACAACUGCGCAUUGCUUGUGUAUGAUGUAAUUGUGUGUACAUUAUUCAUUUCUCUUUUAUUCACUGCCUGUCUCCAAACAAGUAGUGAACCCUGUGUGAUAAAGAAGACAGCUGUAUUGGACAACUGUAGUGACAGUGUCCCUACAUCUGGCCUGGGAGACCCAGGUUAAAGGCCACCUGAUGUCGAGGUGUGCCGUGACAUGUCUGAUCAAGUUGGUUAAAAAUACUAAUUGAUUUCAGAACAGUCAAUUGGAAAGGGUUGAUGGGGGAAUUAAACAAUGCAGGUCAGUGAUAAAAUUGUGAAUUAUUUUAUUAGAGAUAGAAAUUAUCUUGGGUAAAGCAUCAGCAACCCACAAUCUAUACCAGUUUUUAAACUUCACUGUUGUGAACCAGGCUAUCGGGUGUGUACAUAGCAGGAAAGUGACAGGCUUCGGGGAGGUGGUGGCAUAGUGUUACUGGACUAAUAAUCUAGAAUUGGGACAUGGGUCUGAAGUCCAUGAUUGCAAAUGGUGAAAUUUGAAUUCAUUAAAAAUUUGGAUUAAAAAGCCAGCCUAAUGGUGACCAUGUUGUAAAAACCCACCUGGUCCACUAAUGUUCUUUAGGGAAAGUAAUCUGCCAUUCUUACCUGGUCUAGCCCACAUGUGACUCCAGAACCACAGCAAUGUGACUGACACUUAGGGUUGCGCAAUAAAUGUUUGCCUCGUGACAGAGACACCUACAUUCCAAGAACUGAAACAAAUUAUAUUCACUCUGCUUCAAUGACUAGGGUGAAAUUCUACCAGUUAGGAAAUCAACCCAUGGUGUUUCAUAGAGAAAUAGGAGCAGAUGUAGCCUAUUUGGUUCUUUGAGUCUGCUCCACCAAAAGCUCAUGAAUUGUGGUAUCUGUUGUGGUCUUAACUCCAUCCUACAACCCUUGACGCCCUUGUCUAUCAAAAACUUAUACACCUCAUGCCUUGAAUAAUUUAAAUGACACAAGAACCAAUGAUUUCUGAGGAAGAGAAUUUCUUAGGGCUUAAAAGAAAAAUGUGGAGGCCAAACCAUGGAAGGAAACAAAAAAGAUUGACCAGUAGGGGACUCAAGGAUUACGGGGGAAAACACAGGAAAUUGAAUAUGAGGGGUAUCAGAUUGGCCACAAUCAUAUUGAACGGUGGAGGGGGGUCAAGGGCCGAAAGACCCGUCCCCAUAUUUAUGGUCUUAUUCACCAGAAGGUUAUUCAAAGAGCUACAUUUCAAGAAGUCUGAAGGAGGAGAGAGACAUAAAGGGAAAAAUGUGUAAGAUAUCAGGCAUACAUUUAUUUGGAUUUGCAUCAGUUUUCUUUUCUGGCAGUGGCUGUUGCGUUAGAUACUCAUGAAAAAUGCAUUGUGUGUAAAGCAAAUAUAACAUUUGUUGAUAUUUUAUGAUUAUUUAUCUUCCUUUCUGCAUUAUUGUCAGAAAUAAAUCAAACUUAUU